AAGCUGGAAAGUAAAAACAGUGCACGCGCACUCCACUGUUUGAAAAUUCUCGGCGAUUCUUUUAUUUUGGAUGCAUCAGAAGAUUAAUCUCUCUCUCUCUCUCUCUCUCUCUCUCUCUCUCUCUCUCUCUCGUGUGGUGGUGGAUUGCCGGAAGCUUUAUUAUCUUAUACCGAAGAUAUAGAUUGCGUCUGGACUCUGGAGAGAUGAGAGAGUUGAAGUAGUGAGGAACGGGUAUGGCUGUUGCAGGGGUUUGAUGGAUUUAUUGAGGCAUGUUCCUAGACGAGUUUGGAGCUUCUGUAAAGAGCUUUCACUAGCGCGGAAGUUGUGAUUUCGAUUGAUUGUCUCUGAAAUUGCAUAGCCUUCCAUCUGCGACAGAUGCUAAGUGAACGAAGGAUUUCUACCUUGCCAAGGGAGAAAAUGGCAGGUAAUGAGGUAAUGGCUGAUUUUGAUGAAAGAAGAAAUAGGAUAUUGGAUGCCGAGGUUUUGGAAGACGAAAGGAGGAGAACACGAAUGGGUUCUCUCAAGAAGAAGGCACUGAGCGCAUCCAACAAAUUUACACACUCUCUUAAAAAGAAAGGGAAGAAAGCUAAUUACAGGACUUCUUCUGUUUCGAUAGAGGAUAUAAGAGAUGCACAAGAGGAGAGCACAGUACAUGCUUUUCGGCUUGAGCUUAUUGCUAGGGGUUUGCUGCCUGAUAGACAUGAUGAUUAUCAUACAAUGCUCAGAUUUUUGAAAGCUAAGAAGUUUGAUAUUGGGAAAACCAUUCAAAUGUGGGAAGAGAUGCUUCGAUGGAGGAAAGAGUUUGGAGCAGACACCAUAAUGGAGGAUUUUCAAUAUGGAGAAUUCAAGGAAGUCCUGCACUUUUAUCCUCGUGGCUACCAUGGAGUUGACAAAGAAGGAAGGCCUAUAUAUGUUGAAAUGCUGGGGAAAGUUGAUCCCAGUAAACUUCUGAAUAUAACUACAUUAGAGCGCUAUAUAAAGCAUCACGUGCAGGAGUUUGAGAAAAUCCUUCAUGAGAAGUUUCCUGCAUGUUCAAUUGCAGCCAAAAAGCAUAUUGAUUCAACAACCACCAUAUUAGAUGUGCAGGGUGUGGGUUUAAAGAAUCUUAGCAAGGAUGCAAGAGAUCUAUUGCAAAAUAUGCAGAAAAUUGGCGGUGAUUAUUAUCCUGAGAUAUUACAUCAAUUGUUCAUCAUAAACGCUGGUCCUGGUUUUAAGCUUGUUUGGAAUUCUGUUAAGGGUUUUCUUGACCCUAAUACCACGGCAAAGAUACGUGUGUUGGGAACCAAAUAUCAGCAGGCACUACUUGAAGCAAUUGAUGCAAGCCAAUUGCCAGAUUUUUUGGGUGGCUCGUGUGUAUGUCUUGCUCAAGGUGGGUGUCUCAUGUCCAAUAAAGGACCAUGGAAUGAUCCUGAAAUUAUUAAGAAUGUGCGAAAUGCUCAACCGAGAAUUUUAAAGCAGCUCAAACUAGCACAAGAUAAAGAACAAAGACGUGGACUCGGUUCAUGGCUACGGAGUCCCAAGGGAAGAUGCAGUGAUACUUCUACUGCUGAAUCAGGAUCAGAUAUUGAUGAUUUUUGCUCUCCUCAUGCUUCUAGAAUGCAUGAACACCUUAAUUUGGCUACUGUUCCCGAGGAAGUAAGUUCUGUUGCAAUUUAA